ACAACUGCUAUUUAAUUUCAUAAAUAUUUAACAGUUUAUCGUAAAAUAAUUAUCAGGUACUCUGUUUUUGUAUGGUACCUACAGAUAUUCAUUUGAUAGUUCAAACAAAUUAUUCUAUGUAACAAUGCAAAAUAAAAUAUCUAUGUUGGGUAUUUUACUUCUAUUAUGUUUAACAUCAAUAAAUGCAAAAUACUUUGAAUCUUGUGCUCUAAAGGCAUGUGCCACAACAAAUUCCUCAAAAAUAAAUGUUCAUUUGAUUCCACAUUCCCAUGAUGACCUAGGUUGGUUAAAAACAGCUGAGGACUAUUUUUAUGGAGAACACAACGAUAUACAAAAUGGAGGCAUUCAAUAUGUUCUAGAUUCUGUUUUGCAAGCUCUAACGCAAAAUGAAGAUCGUAGAUUUAUACAAGCUGAGACCGCAUAUUUUUGGAAAUGGUGGCAAAUUCAACCUGAAAAGAAGAGACAAAUUUUCAAGAAUUUUGUAGACAGUGGACGAAUUGAAAUGGUUGGUGGAGGAUGGUCAAUGAAUGACGAAGCUUGUGUUAACUAUCAGUCUACUAUUAACCAACUAACCUGGGGUCUUAGAAUACUUAAUGACACUCUGGGCGAAUGCGGUCGUCCCAAAAUUGGUUGGCAGAUAGGGACAUUCGGCCAUAGCAGGGAGCAGGCCUCCAUAUUUAAGCAAAUGGAUUACAACGGUAUCUUCUUUACUCAUAUUAGUGAAGAUAAAAGAAGCUCCUUGAACAUAACCCGAGAACUUGAAUUUUUGUGGAACACCAACGAGAAUUUUGAGAAGAGCAAUAUUUUUACCAGUAUCAUGGGCAGCUAUUAUGCUUCAAGUGGUUUUUGUUGGGAUUAUCUUCAAUGCAGUUCAGAUGGUAUCAAUGAUGAUCCAGACAGUUUUGAUUAUAAUUUGGAUAAAAAGGUAGAUGAAUUUGCGCAAAGUAUAGACCAUUAUGCCAAAUAUUUUCGAACAAAUAAUAUUUUAUAUCCCAUGGGAGGAGAUUUCCAGUACCAGGCCGCCGAAAUUAAUUAUUUAAAUAUUGACAAACUUAUAAAGGGAUUCCAGAAUCACCCCGUUUAUAAUCAAAAGUACAACAUAUUUUACUCGACGCCAUCUUGUUAUGUAAAAGAAAUAGAGCAGUCAGGAGUUCAAUUGUUAAAGAUGAAAAGUGGAGACCUUGAAGACUUCUUCCCGUAUAACGAGAACCAACACAGCUACUGGUCAGGAAUGUACACAUCAAGGCCUGCUCUAAAGAAACUUGAACGAACAAGCAGUGGUAUUUUAAAGGCAGCUCAACAAAUUAAUUCAUUUGCCAAAAUGAGAAAAAUUAUAGAUGGUACCGAAGCCGAAGAGAAUUUAAGAAGCCUGAGAGAGGCAGUUGCUACUGUACAAGACCACAACGCCAUUACUGGUACUCAUAAGGAACGAGUGGCGCAAGAUUAUUCUAGAAUGCUAAGAGAUGCCAUAAAAACUACCGAAGAAAGUGUUGCGAAUAUAAUAGGAAAGCUACUUAAAGUAAACAAAUCAGCUGACGAUGUUAAAUUACCACUAUCAACAUGUCUUCUAACUAACGUAAGCAUUUGUGAAAAUACAAUGAAGGACAGAUCUUUGAUUGUUGUUUAUAACCCUUUGACAAGGCCUAUAGAUUAUUUCCUGAGGAUACCAGUAAAUAAUGUUAACUACACACUUAGCGGAUCAGAAGGUUCUGUUGACUUUGACAUUGUUAGGCACAUGCAGUAUCCCAUAGAGUAUCCCUCAUCCAGUGAUUAUGAACUGGUAGCUGCUAUAAACAUCCCACCAAUGGGUCUAAAGGUUUACUAUUUAGAAAAAGUUAAUGAUAAUUCCGUAGCUAUAGAACCGCAGCCAGUUACAGGAAGUGAUCCAGUCUUCUUGAAAAGUGGGAGUUCAACACUACGUUUUGAUCCCACAUCUCGCACUCACAACGUAACAAUAAACAAUCGUACAGAAAAAAUAACACAAGAUUUCUUAUUUUACCGAAGUAACAACGGCUCUGCAGAUGGAAUCAGUUCUGGAGCUUAUGUCUUUAGACAAGUAGCUGGUAACCCACCAGUAAAAAUUUCAGAAGAUAAUGAUGAAGCUUCCUAUAUCAAAGGCAAAAUGGUCCAAGAAAUUAUACAACAUUUUGGUAAAUACGUGACACAAACCAUAAGACUACACAGUGAAAAAGCCAACGAUGAUAGUAUAGAUUAUGUUGAAUUCGAUUGGAUGAUAGGACCUUUAGAUAACAAGACUGUAGAUAUUAAGAAUAACAUCGGAAAAGAAAUUAUUGCACAAUAUUCCUUGGCUGGUAUUGAGAGUUAUCACUUCUAUACGGAUUCAAACGGAAGACAAGUGGUUGAAAGAAAGAAGAAUGAUAUUUCUUAUACUGACUUAACCAAGGAAGCAUUCAGUUCAAACUAUUAUCCAGUUACAUCAUUUAUAGCUCUUAAAGAUUAUAUGAACGACCUUAAGUGGUCGAUUUUGACAGAUCGGACUCAGGGUGGAGCUAAUAUAAAAGUAGGAUAUCUGGAGUUGAUGCUUCACAGAAGAACUUUAGAAGAUGAUCACAAAGGCAUUGGGGAAGCGCUUCAAGAAAUGGAAUUUGGCAAAUAUGCUGUUACCCGAGGUUCUCAUUAUUUGACGAUGAGUAACGUUAACAAUUUAAAAGUUGAAAGAAUUCUAGCACUAAACAAAUUGUCUCAACCAUGGGUAUUAACAACUGACGCUACAUCUGAAGAUCUGGCUCUUGAUAAACUACAGAAAAUGAUGAAUUUCCAGUGGAAUGGAUUAACAAUUAAUGAAGGUAAAGGUUUAGCUAACAAUAUCCACAUUUUAAAUUUUGAACCAUGGAAAGAGGAUACUUAUCUUUUGAGAUUGGAACACAUUUUUGCUAUUAGCGAAGAUGAAGAGCUCUCGAAAAAGGCUUCAGUUGACUUAAAGUACUUGUUUGAUCCAUUCGUUAUUUCUUCCAUGUCUGAGUUAACUUUGGGAGCUAAUGAAUACAUCAAUGACAAAGACAUAGUAGGUUGGAAUUAUACCAUAGUAUUGGAGCCAAUGGAAAUAAGAACUUUUCUGGUUACUCUAUGUCAAAACUAAUGUAUUUGUCUUAUUAUAUACUUGCCCUAUGCAGUUAUGCUAUAAUAAAAAGCUGUAGUACCUACUUUUGUAGAAUUAUUAAUAAAGCCGCGAUGACGUAUAACAAA